UAUUCAAAUACAGAAAGCGUCCAAGCUGUGAGCUGAUUGGAUAGCGGGGCGAUGACGCUAGUAAGCCAGCUCGAGCUUUAUGUGAUUAUGAUUGGUCAGCUCGGCGGUGACGUUCAAGCACUCGAGUUUACAUUCUAUCAGGAAGGAGGAAGUCGCGCGACCUUGCAGUGAAGCGGUGUGCAGAAAUCUGUGAAAACAAAAUGUCGCUUCAAGCCACAGCUUCAGGAUUAAGCAAACCGGCGUUCACCUCUGGACUGCGACUCUCUAAAAUGGCCGCGGCUGUAGGAACAUACCUGCUCACCAGGUACUUCAGCAGCCGGAGCGACUCCAAAGGAAAGGUGAACCUGGAGAUCAACAAGGACAGCGCCAAGGUGGUGCACAGCUUCGACAUCGAGGACAUCAGCAAGAAGGCUGUCUACUGCCGCUGCUGGAGGUCCAAGAAGUUCCCCUACUGCGAUGGCGCUCACACCAAACACAACGAGGAGACCGGAGACAAUGUGGGUCCACUGAUCAUUAAGAGGAGAGACGCUUGAGCAGCUGAUCUCCCCCCUGCUGCUGCUGCUGUGUUGAUUUACUUUGAUUUACUGAGAAACGGGUUAUGGGUUUGUUGUGUGUGUGUGUGUGUACAUGAUUGUGUCUGUGACAGCAUUACUGUAUAAUCAGAUAAGAUAAAGAUUGUGACAGUGAAAUCCACUACUGUCAUCAUUUACACUAAGGUUGUGUGUCACAGUGCAUCAUAACAGUUUCACACAAACAUCAGGCAGUCUUGUGAACUGAGACAGCACUUCCUGACAAACCACAAGCACUUAACAGGUAUACAGACUGCAUUUCCUGUUGAUGUCUCUCAUACAGUCUCUGCCUUUUCUGUCCGUUUCCUCAUUUAUAUCAGUGUUCCACUGCUGAAGUGUUAAUACGACCGAUUAGUAUGAAUUUUAAAGUAUUCAUAACACAAGUGUUUGUUCGUGAUUCAGCAUCUCAGUGUUAAAGUGUGAGAUGUGGUACUUGAGCAGUAGUAAAUAACUACUCAUACUAAUCUCUAUACACUGCUUCUGUAGUGUGUGUGUAAUCUUCAUGAACAAGGAUUUGGACAUUGUUCCUCGGAAUACUGUCUGUGUGGAGUUUCCCACCUUCUCCACUUGUGUGUGUGGUUUUCUUCAGGGUUCUCCAGUUUUCAUUCCAGCUCCUAAAAUCAUGCAGGUAGGUGGAUUGGCUAAAGAUAAAUUGCCCCAAGUGUGAAUGAAGUGUGAGUUGUGCCCUGUGACUCACUGCUGUCCCGUCGAGGGUGUAUUCCUGCCUCACGUCUAGUGUUCCCGGGAUACACCUCCAACUUUGGGAAUGUGUAAAGUAAUCAGAAUCACUUGUUACUGUAUUGCUCCAGUGUUUGAAGGUUGAAUAAAACUACAAAUGGAAA